AUGCCAAUUGAAUACCGAGCUACAGAGGUAAUUGUGGUUGGGACAGGAAUAGGUGGUCUCGCAGCCACAAAAACCUAUCUUGAACUGUCACCGCAAACAGAUAUUGUGCUUCUGGAAAAGCGACCGACCAUCGGAGGCGUCUGGUCCGAAGAAAAUUGCUAUGAAGGCCUGAAAACGAACAACCUCGGGGGAACAUAUGAAUUCACCGACUUCCCCAUGGGCGCCAAAUAUGGAAUCACUGAAAACGGUCAUAUCCCUGGAUAUGUUCUGCACCGAUAUCUCAAUGAUUUCGCGGACCACUUCGACAUCCGUCGACGGAUCCAUUUCGAAAUCCAAGUUCUUGAAGUUGAAAAGCUCGAUCAAGGCUGGCGCUUAUUUACGACAACCAAGGAUCCAGCGCAAAGCGUGAUCUACUCAUGUCAAAAACUUAUCAUGUCCACAGGAUUGUCGUCGACCGCUAACCCGAUCAAUAUCCGCGGGGUUGGGGAUUUCCAAAGACCGGUCAUAAACCAUGUCCAACUGCGUGAGGAGGGAGCGCGUAUUGCGCAGGACCCUAAUAUUAAUUCUGUCACCGUUGUGGGUGCUUCGAAAACAGGAUACGAUGUUGUGCAUCUAAUGGCAUCGAAUGGCAAAAAGGUGGAUUGGGUUAUACGCGAGUCCGGAGGGGGCGCAGUUUGGAUGGCAUCACCAUGGGCUAAAUUCGCAGGGGCCAAAACAAAACUAGAGUUUCUAGUCACCAUGAGAUUUUUCACAUGGUUUAGUCCAUGCAUAUUUGGUGACUUUGAUGGAUUCAGCUGGAUCAGAAGGGCAUUGCAUCAAACUCGCCUGGGCAGAUACAUCGUGCACAAGUUUUGGGAGGGAAUCAGGACAGACAUUAUUGACCUAAAUGGAUAUCGCAAAGAAGAAUGCUUAGAGCAUCUUGAACCCCUGGAAAGUCUCUUCUGGUCUGCUCGGGUCGGAAUUCUCAACUACCCAUCCGAUAUUCACGACUAUCUUCGCACCGGCCAGGUCAAGAUCAUACGGAAGGAUAUUGACCACUUAUCAGGUCCCGGAAUCGUCAAUUUUGCAGACGGUACCGGUGUUCAAACAGACGCCCUAGUCGCCAUCACCGGGUGGAAGCUCGCCCCAUCGGUAAAGUAUAGACCCGAGGGCCUCGAUGCGAGUCUCGGCAUCCCAAGCAGCAACCUGAGCGCAGAAGAAGAGAAGCUCUGGAAUAUACUUGACACCAAAGCAGACCAGGAGAUCCUAAGCCGCUUUCCAUACCUCCGCAAUCCUCCGCGUGGGAUUCCCUACAAACAAGACGUCAGCCCCUUCCGCCUAUACCGCGGCAUUGCGCCACCAUCGCUUGCGUCAAAAGGUGAUAAUUCUCUUGCAUAUGUUAAGAUGGUCCACAGCACGAGCAACGUCAUAAUCGCGGAAUGCCAGGCGUUGUGGACAUUUGCUUAUUUAAAUGGAAGAAUUGCCAUCGAUAGAGAAGACGUUUAUCAUCAAACAGCGCUCUUGAGUCGGUACGGAAAGCAUCGUUAUCCCUGUGGGUUCUCGGCAUGGUAUCCGGAAUUUGUCUACGAUGCUGUGCCAUAUGCAGAUAUGCUGCUCUCAGAUCUGGGACUUAAUCAGAAAUGA